GGUAAACAAACACGCGAUAAUGACAUUGAAACAUAUAAUGACUGUUUCAGCUGGUUUAACUCACUUUCUGUACAUUACUAGUUAGUUUUUCAGCCAGUUAAACACCUUUUAAUCCCCCGGUGUUAACUGGAAGACAAGGAUGGCUCUCUCAUGUGUGCAACGACUGGGCACUCGACACAUGAGCACAGGGCUUCAGGUCUGUGGUUAUGCGACACUCAGUAAAGCAUCCAGACCCCAGGAGAAAACCAGCACCGGUCCAGUUUUUCAGUAUGUCGGCCAGCACAAAAAGCCCAACCACAAAGUGUUUGUGUGGGGCUUCAGCUUCACCGGUGCUCUGGGUAUCCCCAGCUUCGUGGUGCCGGACAGCGGCAGGAAGAGUCCCCGCAAAUACCAGCUGACUCCUUAUCGACUGGAGACCGCCGACCAGAUCUCUUCUGCUGCUUGUGGUUACGGCUUCACUCUCAUCGCCUCACGGACCAAAGAUGUGAUCAAGCUGUGGGGCAUGGGCCUGAACAAGGACUCCCAGCUGGGCUUCCAACGCACGCAACACAGCCGCCAUAAGAGCUAUGACUACGUGUUGGAGCCCUCCCCGGUGGCUCUGCCUCUCCUCGAGCCUCUAAAGACCAAAGUGGUUCAGGUUGCAUGUGGCCGCGCUCACUCUCUGAUCCUCACCGACCAGGAGGGAGUUUUCAGUAUGGGCAACAAUGCGUACGGCCAGUGUGGAAGGCGGAUAGUUGAAGAUGAAGUUUACAGCGGCAGUCACACCAUUCACAAGAUGGAAGGCUUCAGCAGCAGGGUCACCCAGCUGGCGUGUGGACAGGAUCACAGCCUUUUCCUCACCGAGACAGGGAAAGUGUUGGCAUGUGGAUGGGGUGCAGAUGGACAGACGGGUCUGGGACACCACAACGUCAGCUCCAGACCGGUGGAGGUGGGAGGGGAUCUGGCCGGGGUGGAGGUGCAGCAGAUCAGCACGUAUGGAGACUGCAGCCUGGCUGUGUCCACAGACGGACAGCUGUACGGAUGGGGCAACUCCGAAUACCUGCAGCUGGCCUCGGUCACUGAGGCCACACAGAUCAGCUCUCCUCGACGUCUUCCUCUGAACGGCUGUGGAAAGGUGGUUCAGGCAGCGUGUGGAGGCACGCAGGUGGCCGUUCUCAACGAUAAAGGAGAGGUGUUUGUGUGGGGCUAUGGCAUUCUGGGAAAAGGCCCCAAACUCUCAGAAUCCUCGACCCCGGAGAUGAUUCCCCACACGCUGUUUGGACGCUCCGAGUUCAACCCCUCAGUCGCCGUCACCAGGAUCAGGUGUGGCCUCGACCAUUUUGCUGCAGUGACAGAUCGAGGCGAGCUCUUCGUUUGGGGGAAGAAUGUCAGAGGUUGUUUGGGCAUCGGGAAGAAAGACGACCAGUACUUCCCGUGGAGAGUGACCGUGCCUGGUCAAGUGGUGGACGUAGCGUGUGGCGUCGACCACAUGGUGGCGCUGGCGAAGUCCCUCCUGUGAGCUCCUGUGUUCCUGCAGCAGUGGAUGAAAAGGUUUGGAUGUUUGGCUGACCCCCCCGCGGGCGCCUCAGGGAGCCGAUCGGGGGCCGCGCUGGAGUCUUGAAGCCAGCUGCUCUCCACAGGAGACGCGGACCCUCGUGUCUCUCCGCCCGGUCGGUGACGUCAAGCCGAGAGCAGAGCGGUAGAUUCUGCAGCAAACUGUCACUGACACAGCUCACUGUACCCUACAUGAAGGUCAUCUGGGACUGAUGUCAAAGGAUAGUUUUGUUUUGUUACAACCAGACAAUUAAUCGAUUAAGACGAGCAAAACAGUAGAAAAAUGUGAAUAAUUCUCUGGUUGCAGCUUCUCCAAUGUGAGGAUGUUCUGCUUUUCUCUGUUUUAUAUAAUUGAAUAUCUAUGAAUUGGUCAUACAAAACAAGACCUUUGAAGGAAAUUUGAGACACUAUUUUCUGACAUUUUAUGGACUAAAUGAUGAAUUGAAAAGAUGAAUUAAUAAUGAGAGUUGUAGCUGCAGCUCUAAUUACAACUUGGGUUUUAUUUUCAGCCAUUUCUAUCAUAUAGUUUCUAUAGGAUAAGACUCAAGUUGUAAUAAACCAUACAAGCUUCCCACAAGAAAACACAGUCAGCUUUCAGGUGCUAUAAAAUGUCAUGUUUUCAUUUGCCACUACACAAGAAAAAAUAACUGAGAGAAAUGUGUUCGGUGAAUGAAGUCAUUCACUCUUGUGGUUUUAGGAUUGUCUAAAAUGAUUUGUUGUGGCACUCUGCAGGCCAAUGAAACGUUUGUAAAACAUUGUAAAAGCCAGUGACGGCAAAACAAUCCGCAAAAAAAUUAUUAUCUUGUUGCCAACUGCAAAUUGAGGUAAAGGCACUCUGCCAGGGAGAAAACAUGUUCAGGAAUCAAUUUUUACAACUGAACUGUGCGUGCAUGUUGUGCAUGUAAGGUUUUAUGCCGUUCUCACAGUCUGGAUGUUUUAGAGGACGAACCUGUAAUUUUCCCACAGUAAGUUAGUUUGAUGGCAUUAAAUACACAACAUGCAAUGGAGAGAAUGACUUAAUAAAUAUGUGAAAAUAUGGAUUGGACUUGAAAACCCAUUUUGCAUCGAUUCUGUGAUCUGUACACUUAGUAAUGAGCAUUAAAGAGCUGCUAAUAUGUGGUGA